AUGGCACCAAGCAGCGACGUCGCUUUCCAGUAUGGAGCAGGCGGGAAGGGCAAAGGCUUGAGCGAGGGAAAGCGCCUGCUGAGCCAACCCCGCGGCCUGCACGUGGAUGAUGAUGGCACUUUGUACGUGGCGGACUUCACGAACUUCUGCGUGGUGAGAUUCGGCGCCGGAGAUGCUGCGGGCAAGGUGGUGGCUGGGGAAGAAGCGAAGCAGCUCAUGGACGUGGACUACCUCAAGGACAUCGAUAAACCGCUGAGACCUGCGGAUGGCGAAGGCUUCCUGCUGAAGAAUCCCGUGGAUGUGGUCCGGGAUGCGGAUGGUGCCUUGCUGGUCUUGGACUGCCCAAUGGCCCGCGUGCAGCGCUUCGAGUUGUUAGGUGACAAAUCAGCGGCCGGCAGCGUGGUUUUUCCACCCCCGAGAGGUCCGCUGGUGAGAUCCUCGGCAGUGCCUGAAGCGAUCAAGCAUCCCCGGUCUAUGCUUCAACACAACGGUGGCAUGGUGAUUUGCGACACCUGGAGCCACCGGGUGCUUUUCUAUGGCGAUGAAGCGAGUCCAGAGGUGUUGGCCGGUACAGCGAACUCCUGUGGCAGCUCCUCCUCCCAGCUGAACUUCCCCAGCGGCUGCGCGUUUCUGUCCGACGGCUCCUUGCUGGUAGCGGAUACGAACAAUCAUCGCAUACAGCGCUUCCUGCCGGGAGAGCUCUCAGGGCAGACGGUCGCUGGCUCGCCAGAAGGAAAACCUGGAGAUGGCCUAUCCGAGCUUCAAAUGCCCACAGGCAUUGUGGUUGAAGCGGACGACUGCUUCCUGGUGGCUGACCGCGCCAAUGCCCGGGUCAUGCGCUUCCGUGCAGGCAACGCCGGCGAGGUCGUCGCCGGGCCGGACCUCCUGGAGCGACCGUGGGGUUUGGCGCUGGGCAAGGACGGCUCCAUCUUUGUGUCCGAUGAGCGUCGUGCAGUGGUUCUGAAGCUGGCGCCCACAACACCGGCAAAAGGGGCUGUGCAAACGGCGCCUGGGCAUGCGAAGGCACGCCCGAGUGGCGGGUAUCCAGAUGCUAUGAGCCUGGACUGA